UCUAGCCUUAGUCACUUGAUAAGUAGGAAUACAGUACAUACUUGCCCUGCCAUACAUUCUAUCCUUGUGUGCAUAAUAUGGGUCGAUCCAUGACGAUUCAGUUUUGUGCAGUUCUGCUACUGCCUGUGGCCUUCCUCCUCUUCGCAGGUAGCUCACAGGUGGUGGCUCAGCUGGAGCUCGGCUACUACAGCAAGACGUGCCCGAACGUCGAGGCGAUCGUUCGCGCGGAGAUGGAGAAGAUCAUCUCGGCUGCACCCAGCCUUGCUGGCCCCCUCCUCAGGCUUCAUUUCCACGACUGCUUCGUCAGGGGUUGUGACGCGUCUGUGCUGCUCAACACUACUGCGGCCAACGUGGCAGAGAUGGACGCCAUUCCGAACAGGAGCCUGCGAGGCUUCGGUUCUGUAGAGAGGGUGAAGGCCAAGCUCGAAGCUGCCUGCCCCAACACGGUUUCCUGCGCCGACGUUCUCACCCUCAUGGCCCGCGACGCCGUUGUGCUGGCCAAGGGCCCCUUCUGGCCGGUCGCGCUCGGGAGGCGAGACGGCAGGGUGUCCACUGCGACUGAGGCGGCUGACCAGCUACCUCCGGCCUACGGAGACAUACCACUGCUCACCAAAAUUUUUGCCUCGAAAGGACUCGAUAGCAAGGACCUAGUUGUCCUCUCCGGCGGCCACACCCUCGGCACGGCGCACUGCCAGUCUUACGCCGGCCGGCUCUACAACUUCAGCAGCGCCUACAAUGCAGACCCAUCCCUGGACACCGAAUACGCCGACCGGCUGAGGACGCGCUGCAGGAGCAUCGACGACAAGGCUACGCUCUCGGAGAUGGAUCCUGGCAGCUACAAGACCUUCGACACCAGCUACUACCGCCACGUCGCCAAGCGCAGGGGGCUCUUCCAGUCUGACGCCGCGCUCCUCACCGACGCCGCCACUAGGGACUACGUCGAGCGUAUUGCCACCGGCAAGUUUGAUGAUGUGUUCUUUAAGGACUUCAGCGAGUCCAUGAUCAAGAUGGGCAACGUCGGCGUGAUCACCGGUGUUGACGGUGAAAUCAGGAAGAAAUGCUACAUUGUCAACUAAAGAAUAAUCAUCGCCUACUAGAAUUAAAAAAAAUGUAAACAUAUGUAUAUGUUAAUCAUUUUGAUGUAUGCUAUUGUUGUAAAUUCAUUCCAUGGUGGUAGAUAUACUAAAUCACGCAUUAUUGUAU